AUGAGUUUGUUUGUUGAUUUGAGACAAAUCAAGUCCUCUGUGUCAAAUUUGUCCGAGAUGGUAGAUAAAAUAUCAACGUCGGUCGGCAAAGAAAAUUUUCAAAAGGAGCGAAAAAAAAGUGUAGAUUCCGCUCUUUACGGCGGCUCAAUAUAUAAACCGACUACUCUGGGUUUCGGCGUGCGGUUCUCUCAAAGUCAAGAGGAUAUAUUACACGAUAUGCCCUCAUCUAGAUUACGUAGCCACAUGUCGCUACCAAAUUUAGGCAAAGAUGAUGAUAGGAUACCGUCAGCGAGACCAAAAAUUGUUGAAAUCGACGAUGAGAAUACUCCGCAGGAAAAUAAAAAUUCCGUCCGAAUAUCAACUGAAAAUAUAAAUGAUUGGAUCGUUGCUUCCCUGAACAAGCGACCACACUUUGAUGACACCGGCCACACACAUCCGAUGGAUUUCAUUGAUAACAUAAAAUACUAUAUUUCCGAAUUGAAUAUAUCACCUGAAAAACAAUUAUCAUUUAUUAUAUCCUGUUUGGAGGGACUGCCGCUAUUGUGGGCACGAUGCUUUAGGAGUGAAUUUAAAGAUGCAGACUCUUUUUAUGAAGCUUUCGAGGAAGAAUUCUGGGGAAUGGAACGUCAAAAAGCUAUUCUAUAUGAUAUGAAAUUGGGGAAGUUUGAUGAAAACAAAUCGAGAAUGACUAUGUCCGAAUAUUUCUUGUACAAGGUUUCAAAUUACAAACGUCUAAACCCGCCACCUUCCGACUUAGAAAUCGUUUACUCUUUGGCUGCACAUUUUCCUUCUGCGGUUGAACUAGAAUUACGUCUGACACCAAAACCUACAUUGCGGGAGGCAUAUAGCUUACUACGACGUAGGGAAGGCGAGGCAAAUGACUUUCUGCCUAAUUACUUGUAUGAAAUGUGCGACGCUUUCCAAAGAGGGCUUCGACCAGAGUCAAUGCAUCGCUACAAAGAACAGCAAGGCUCACGUAGCGAAGAAGACAAGAAAUCUUAG